AUGUUCGAGGAGCAGGCGACCAAGGUGAAGAUCACCUCCGUGGUGAUCGUGGUGGGGAUGUCGGCGAUGCUGGCGGCAGUGGUGACUGACCAUUGGGCCGUGCUCAGCCCCAGGGUGGAGAAGCUUAAUGCCACCUGUGAGGCGGCCCACUUUGGCCUCUGGAGGCUCUGCAAGAAGAGCAUCUUCAUCGUGGAGGAGGACCCUCAGGGCAAAGGCUGCGGCCCCAUCAGCUUACCAGGAGCGAAAAACUGCUCCUACUUCAAACACUUCACCUCGGGGGAAGAAGCUGAAGUUUUUGAAGUCAAGACCCAAAAAGAGUACAAUAUCUCUGCAGCCGCCAUUGCCAUCUUCUCGCUCUUCUUCAUGAUCCUGGGCACGCUCUGUGUCAUCUUCUCUUUUGGGAAGGGGCGGGACUACCUGCUCCGACCUGCUGGGAUGUUCUUCGCCUUUGCAGGUCUUUGCAUCAUCAUUUCAGUGGAGGUGAUGCGCCAGUCUGUCAAACGUAUGAUUGACAGUGACGAGACCAUCUGGAUCGAAUACUACUACUCCUGGUCUUUCACCUGCGCCUGCGCCUCCUUCACCCUCCUCAUCCUCAGCGGGGCCGCCCUGCUCCUCAUCUCCAUGCCUCACAUGCCUCGUAACCCCUGGGAGACCUGCAUGGACGCCGAGCCCGACACCUUGGAUUAG